CGCUUCCCCCGUCAGGUCAGCCGCGCCGCUCGUCUCCGGCCACCGCAAGCCCCACCGGCUCCAUAUCCGACCAGAGGCGGCGGGUCUUCAGGGUUCGUCUCCUCUCUAUCUCGUGCUCCGGUACGCCCCGAGCCGAUGGAGAUUAGGGCGCCGCCGACGGGCCUCAGGCUCGUGACGCCUCCUUCCUCCGCCAGCUUCCGCCCGGCCGCCCUCAGGACCUCCUUCGUCACCGGCAGAGUUUCACUUCGAGCCGGGCAAGUGCGCCAAGCAAAUGCUAACAGAUUUAAGUGCAAUGCCAUUCGGAGCAACCUAUUUGAUAGGCUAACUAGGGUUGUCAGGUCCUAUGCCAAUGCAAUUUUGAGUUCAUUUGAAGACCCUGAGAAGAUCCUAGACCAGGCAGUUUUGGAGAUGAACGAUGAUUUAACGAAGAUGCGGCAAGCAACUGCACAGGUCUUGGCAUCUCAGAAGCGGCUGGAGAACAAGUACAAAGCUGCAGAACAAGCUGAUGCUGAUUGGUAUCGGCGAGCUCAACUUGCUCUGCAAAAGGGUGAUGAGGAUCUUGCUCGUGAAGCUCUUAAACGGCGUAAAUCAUAUGCUGAUAAUGCGAGCUCCUUGAGGGCCCAGCUUGAUCAGCAGAAGAGUGUCGUUGAAAAUCUUGUUUCAAAUACAAGGCUUCUUGAGAGCAAAAUAGCAGAGGCCAAGCAGAAAAAGGAUACACUGAAAGCCCGUGCUCAAUCAGCCAAGACCGCAACAAAAGUGAGUGAAAUGCUGGGGAAUGUAAAUACAAGUAGUGCCCUGUCAGCUUUUGAGAAGAUGGAGGAAAAAGUUAUGACGAUGGAAUCCCAAGCUGAGGCACUUGGUCAGUUAGGAGCUGAUGAUCUAGAAGGAAAGUUUGCAAUGCUCGAGACUACAUCAGUUGACGACGAUCUUGCACAAAUGAGAAAGGAACUGUCCGGGAGCUCUAUGAAAGGCGAGCUUCCUCCAGGUAGAACCAUGGCCAGCAAACCAGGUAGCCCUUUCCGAGACAGAGAGAUUGAGAAUGAGUUAAAUGAGCUGCGGAAGAAGGCCAAAGAGUACUAGAUUUCACAGGCCAUGGCCGUGUGCCAGGCUUGGCCGUAUUUUUACAUAUAGGAUGGGCCAUUGCAUCGAUAGACUUACUCUGAUGCAGCUGUUACAUUGAGACUUACCCCAGAAGUAUAGCCUUUCAGAUUUGUUCGAUGUGCGUUUGAACCUCCGGUGCACCUUCUUUUGUGGGGUAAAGGUCGGGUGAGAAGUUGUCCCUGCAUUUUUGCUGCGAAUGGAUUGUACAGUUAAGUAGUAUUACCAUAAUGUAAAUCAUUACACCUA